UUUUCGGUGUGUGGUGCUGCAAAAAUAAAACUCCACAAUCGCGAUUCGCGUGUGAAAUUGGUGCUUUUCUCGUUGUCUUUCUGGCGUAAAAAUAUAAAUUUAUCGUUGUAAUCUGCUAGUAAAAUACCUUCUAAAUUGUCCAGUGGUGAUGCUUGUUGUUAGAAAAUUGUUGCGUUUAGUGUAAUACGGAAUUCCCAAUUUGUUUGAUUUUGUUUCCGCUGCUUCUCACAAAAUCGAAGACCAGAACGGGGCUGCUGGUUAUGUUUUCUUUUUUCGUCAUCCGAACCAACGAAAGAGCUGUGAGGCUGAAGAGGCCGAAAGAAGACAACGUUGCGUGUAUUGAAAAUUUUCAUUCAACAACCAAUCGACCAAGAGUGUGAAAAUAGUGCACAGAAGAAAAUUCCCAUCACUUGGUGGAAAAAGUGAAACCGUGCACCGUGAUUGGAAGUCAGAAUACCCAACCAAUCCACAGGGGAAGUGCAAGUGAGUAAGGGAAUCGUCGGGAUUGUGUGUGUUGGGAGGUGUUCCGAAGAGGAGUUCCGACCUCGGUGAUCACCGUUCGUCAGUGUGCGUUCAGGUUCGAGUGACCACAGGAUGUAACGGGAAGAGAAUUAUCAGCUUCAGAAGAUUUUUUUUUGUUUUGGACACAAGUAAGCACAGUGAGGAUCAUUUCAGAAGAGGAUUAAUCGUACUGCUUUUGUUGUCUUCCGUUCGAUAAGAACCAAAGGUCCUUUAUCAUCGUCAUAGUCGUCGUAACAAUCCAAGAUUGUGUGUUCCAAGUGGUACAAUCAUGUAAUGUGACAAAGCGUGUGCACCGUCGUGCUAAAUUGUUCGUUUCGAUACCUUUCUGUUCUAAAGUGUACAACACGCAAUUCCGAUUAUCAAACCGUCACCCCUGCCGCUUCCGCUACAAUCACAUGCACCCAGUUAUUUUAAGGAAGCUCCAUAAAAUUAGUUAUACCGAUUUCCCUGUACAGCGGCUUACAAUCCCUAAAGUUAUCGCAACAAAAGUGCUUGAAGCCAUUCCUGCCCAAAGUUACAGCAACCUGAACUAUAGCGCAAUACGUUAAAAUAACUCAUCAAAGGUGCGAGCCAACAAACCCGUCAAAACGGCGCGACAAAUCUCAUCCAAUCAGGAACAUUACCAGUCCAAGCUGGCUGCUGCCUCACAAUGUGGGGCCAGGACCCCCCUGAGUCCUGUAACGCAGGCUACAAUCCAGAAGCAUCUUCCAGGGCUACCGACCAAGCGGCUGUUGAUGCAGCAGGCCUACCGAAAUGCUGCCGCCACCGACCAGAUCCAGUGCACCAAAGUGGUCGAGAAGCGAGACGUGGGCUGUUGUACCGAGGUAUGCAGCUCGGACAACCUUCCGGAAGUGGAGAUUUUUUCGCUCCUGGAAGAGCAAAUACCACGCUACAAGAUCCGCGCGGACACGACCACCACCUUCGGUGGCUACGAAAACCAAGACUGGUUCGUCAACUAUCCGGCGCUUCCGAUCCCGCAGGAGGGCCUGGGCCUGACCACCGAACAAACGCGCGAGGCUCUCAACUAUUUUCUCCUAUGCGGUAAUCGCGUGAGCCAAAUGACCCGCGCGUACGAUGACAUCGAUGCCGUAACGCGCCUGCUAGAGGAGAAGGAGAAGGACCUGGAACUGACGGUGCAGAUCGGGAAGGAACUGCUCACCCAGAACACGCACCUCGAGAGCCGGGUAGCCGAGCUGGAGCAGGAGCUGAAGAACACGAACGAAAACCUAGCGCAGCUCGCCCACGAGCUGCACCAGAAGAACGAGCUGAUCGGGAUACUGACCAACGAUGCGGACGACAGCAGUGAAAAUGUCACACCCACUGUGUCCAAAUCGGUGAACCUUGAACUGCUACAGCGGAAGGUCAAAUCAUUGGAAGACGAAAACAAAUCGCUGCGAUCGGAAGCGGCCCAGCUGGUGCAGGAAACAGACGAAUGUGAAGAGCAGGAGCGAAAACUGAUGGCCGACAUCGCGAACCAACUCAGCACGGCUAACAGCGAAUUUGAUGGACUGAAUUUGGAGCUAGAAAGACUGAAGGAAGAGAACCGACUCCAACAUGAGCAAAUUAUCAGCCUUACGGGUCGCCUGGCGGAGGCCGAGAUUCGGCUACAUCAACUUACUACGGAGAACGAAGAAGCGUCUUCGUUGCUCAGUAUUACCAAAGAGAACCAGAACCUGCUGGCUGGCGAGCUGACGGAGUUCAAGGCACGGUAUCAGGAGGUCCUUAAUCUGCUGCAUGACACGCAGGAGCAGCUGCGACGCCAAAGAAAACGCUCCCAGCCGAUGGCGAGGAGCUCGCUGAUCCCGGGUUUGAGUGUUCCGGCGCCAGAUUCGCUUCAGUCGGAAUUGAUGGAAACCUCGCUGUAUUCGGAGCAUAGUCUGGAUUCGGGUAUCGCUUCGGAGCGGGGAGGACCACAGCAUCUGCCAUCGUACAAAAAGGUCUUUGAAACUGUACGUUCCGCUACUCGAGCAAAUACGACCGGUUUCAGCGAUGGCUUCUCCCAGUUGGGAUCAAUGACUAUGAGUUCCUCAUCGCAGCCCCGAAUGGCACCUUACGUUUUCCCCGGUACCACAACUACACAUUCUUACAAGAGUGGUUCGUCUAUAUAUAGCACAAUGUACGAAAGUUCUUCUCUCGGAGGUCGAUCAUUGUCACGCGAAAGUUUGGUCUCUGAAUCGGAAGAUGGGUACCCAGGACCAGCACAAGCCGGUAUUCCCGGCGCACCUGGUGCCAAAGACCUAGAGGCAGCUCUGAAACGACUGACGCCAGCCGAAGUACUGGCCCGCAGAGCAAUGCUUCAGCAUGCACCAGCAGGAACCUACAGCUACGAUGAUCAGCCAAGCGGAAUUCCUUUGGGUUGUCGAACACCGGACAGUAUCAUGUCAACUGGAUCGUCGGGCCUGUCCGGUAUGUCGUCGAACCAAUGGCGUCUUCCAGAGAAGCUACAGAUCGUAAAACCAAUUGAAGGGUCGCAAACGUUACAUCAUUGGUCUCGUCUGGCUACACCAACCCUCAGCGGACUGCUGGAAGAACGCCCCGGAGUCACGAUCCGCGGUGGACGCGGACUAGAAGACCUCGGCCUUCAAACCUACUCCCUAUCGGAUGUAGAAGAAGACGCCGAAGAUCACCCCGGCAAGCGCUUCCAAUCAUUCGGCUGUACAUACACCUUCACCAACAGCACCGUGAUGCAUCCGGAUGAUGGCACCACUGCGGUCACGUUUAGCCUUCCACCAUCGCAAAUGUCCUCGCAGAUGGCCUCCGAGUGCCCAUCGAGACAACCUUCUGCCCCAUCCACACCCCGCUCCGGCCUGUCGCGAAGAAACUCCUGUUCGACGUUCUCGGUGAAUCUUGGGCUGGCAUCGAUGCUGAACGAGCGCGGUAUUAAGGCGGUGACACCCAGUGCACUGAACACACCUGCUGGACCAAAUUAUUCGCCGACGGUUACGCCCUGCAACAGUCCCGAGGGCUCUCCAAAGCGUUCAACGUCCCCUGAUGCACCGCUGUUGUCCGGAUUGCUCGCGUCUGGUGCCGAUAUCCUGCGUAAGAAGUUUGCUGUGGCGUCAUCGUCCAGCGAAAUGGAACGCCCGUCGCGGCUAACAUCCCGAAAUAAGCUAGCCCUGUCCCGACUGGAGAAAAAGGCUCUUCGCUCGAUCAAGAUUAUGGAGAAAGUCGAAAGUAUGGGUGUAGAUAACUUUAUGCCACACGCUGGUCACGGAAUUAGCCCUCUGGCCCUUCAUGGAUCGUCGGCACUGUACACAUCGACGGUUCGAGGUCGUACUUCAAGUCCAAUGGCACAGUUGACCAGUUUGAAGCACCUACAAGAAAGCCGUAUGAAGCAACCUCAUCACCACCAGCACUCACAAGGACAGGACGGAUUGCUAAUCGACAAGGAAACGAUCAAGGCCGUACUUAGCAAGGGCCUGUCGCACGACAGUCUGAAGAAUUUGUCUUCAGGAUCAAGUGACGCCUCGGGAUCAUCUUCGGUGGCGUCGGGCGCCUAUGCCGACAGUGAUAGUGGAACUUCGUCGAUAAGCGGUGCUGCCGCAAAGCCGGUGACGGUCAAAAAGGGUACGACAACGGAUCACAAGUCAACGGAAGUGGCGCCUUCCCCGGCGACUGCCGCCCGUCUCAAGCAGAUGCAGCGACAAAAAAGCCGACGAACCCUUCUGAACGGUGCUAACGGAUCCCAGCGGCCUGACCUCGGCACGGUCAGUGGUUCGAGCAGAUCCGCCGGUGUGCGACCCGACCUCGGUACGGUAGGUGGUAGCAAUAAGUCGAAGAGCAAUAGCAAAACCGAAACGGCUGCCGCUCCAGUGGCACCCGUUCCGGAGCAAAGUCGCUCGCUAGGGCAGAGUGUGUAUGGUACGAUUAGUUCACUACUGUUUGGACGCAAGGGAGGACUCCUGUAAGAAGAGGGCACACAUACGCGUGGUGAAAAUUUUCCUUUAUGGUGAAGAGUUUAUUUUAAAUUUAUUCACCGCUUUUACGGCGAUUAGAGCAUAUUUACAUCCAUUCUUUACAUUUUUCUUGUGAACGUAAAAGUUGCAGCACAUUUAUCUGACUGUCAAUGAAACAAUUCUUUAAAAUUUGUAAUAAAUUUGCGUAAGCUUAAAAUGUAUGAAACCGCUCUUUUUCGGAAUGCAACUUUCCCCGAAAACAGUAUCAUCAGAAAGUACUUAUGAAACAGAAAGUAGAAAGCAAUUGUAGGUUGUAAGAGGAACAAAUUCAAAGUUGAAUUUUAUAAUUUUCGUAUUCAAUGACGAUUAGUAACGACAAAGCAGACACACAUGAACACUACAGACACAUUCCAGUGGCACAUAAAGAUCGAUUACUUUUAGAUUAGAUUGUAAUAGUUUAGUUUUGAUCUUCCUCGGCAAUCCCAUUCAUGAACACAAGUUCUGACUCUGUUUUCUUGGCUCUUCCUAUCUAUAUAUUGUACUAUAGCUCUGCCUGACUUCUUUUCAAACAUUUUAGUUGCAUUUUUGACCAAUCCGCAAUGCGAGUAAACUGCCAACUAGUUUAAAGUUUUAGCCAGUUGCUUUUAUUUUAUAGUUAGGAUCAGCAUUUCCGAAAUUGAGCGUUUGAUAACAUUUUUGUUCCUGCAAAUUUCGUUCCCACUUAACAAGCAGAUAAAUUUAAGCAAUGAAACAAUUUCCCGUCUCUGUCAUUAUCCUAAAAUAAAAACAUAAUAACAUUUUUCAUUAAUAAAACAACUUAUCGGUUUUCAUCGUUUCAAUUCUUCUUCUUUUUUCCAUCAUCAGACUUGUGACCUAUGCAUCUUGAAAAAUUCUAUUUUUCUUAACGUUUUUAGAAAACAAAUCCAUUCGUUAUACCCUAUUUUUUAUGCACAGUUUAAAGCUUGAUUGUUUCUAGGAAUGCACAAAAACAAAUUACUUACUAUUAUUUCUAAAAUUUAAAACCCCAUUUUAUGACAGUUUAUCAAUACUUUCGGUGGAUGUACGUAUAAGUGCGUUACUCCAAAAGCCAAAGUACGAAGUGGAUGAACAAAUUGCCACCCGUUCCGGGCCUUUCUGUGAAAGGGUCGUGUCAACGGUCAGAGUGGCAUUUUUAGAAACUUUCCUCUUUCUGUACUUGAAUUGUUGCAUCAGUUUCUUCUAUCUUGGUUGUGCAUCUUCAUUGCCUAUCUGAAUCAUUUAUCUAAGGAUAACUUCCUUCUUGUUCCUUAUUACAUAAUUUAUCUUGACUUUCUUUCGCGAGAAAAUAGCUUUAAGAUACUUAUUAUUUAAUAAUUUAAAAGUUGUUUUCAAACUCUUCGGUGCAUUACUAUCAAGAGGAAACAUCUCGUCAUUCUUGAUAUCUAUGGUAUAGAAAUGAUCAUAAUGAUUUGUUGCGUUAGACAUCAUAGGACAACGACUCUUAUUUAAAAAGUAUUCAAGUAAAUGAUUGAGUGUAACAAUCAGUUUACGAUUCAAUUUAUUGCUAUGGUCAUUCAUUUUCUAGAAUAUGCCCAAACUUUGAAUCGUUGUAUCGUUUUCACAUGUUACAAAAAUGUCCGUAAUCGCCAAAUAUACAAUAAAAGGUGCUCUUGGAAAUAUUAGGAUAAAAAUACCGAGUUCGUGGUAGUAUUUGGUCCUCCCAGCAUUAAACACGAAGAUUGGAAUCGAAACGUACAAGAGGAGUGAGUGUCUUGAACCCCUAGAGGUUGUUUGUCAUUGGAACAAAACGUGUGCUUAUUAAAGCAACAACAAAGUUGAAUUGUACAUAGAAAAGCUAUUAAGAAUUAAAAAAAAGAAGUGAAGUCUACAAAAAUAAACAACAUAAAUCUAGACAAAAAAAAUAAGAAAAAAACACGCAGCUGUAGAUAAUUAUUUAAAUAGUUAAAUUUAACAUAAUACAUAAUGACAGAAAAUACAACAAUGAAACAAAAAAAUGUAGCGUAACGCUUGCGCAGUAAGUAUUUAUUUUUAUACGAAACUAAAAAGAAGCCUACAAUUUUUGCUAUUCACACCGAUGGCUAACCCAGAGCAAAAUGCUCAAAAUCGGUUGAGCAAAAUAGUAAUUGAAACGAAUUUUCCUCCCUUAGUGCGCAAAACCGCAAUAAUGUUACUUGUUUAAAAGCAUAAAGAACUGUGAACUUCGUAUUAGCUACUCCAGGGAAAACAACACGAAUGAAUAAAUACACUUUACUAUACAUCAAACAGGACAGUACUAUAGUUUAGAUACUAAACAAACGUAGUAUAAACAUUACUGUAUUUGUUCGUUUUCAGUUUCGUAUAAUUUUUCAUACUUCUUACAAACACUAAUACUACAAUAGAGAUACUAAAAAGCAUAAAUUUCUUUAAAUCAGCAUUAACAAAACGCUACUAAACAGCUACCCCCAGGCCCAUACAAAUAGAACGGAAAAAGUUUGCUUUCAGGCAUCAUUAAAAGUAGAGAAAACACGUUACGUUAUGGUAUUUCCUACCGAUACUUAUGAUGGUUAAGAUGAAAGAAUCGGUGCCGUCAGAGACCUAAGGCUAUGUGCACAAAACAAUAGUAACAGCACCGAGUAAAGUAAAGUUGCAAACAUUGUUGAAUCAUUUUUUUUCUGGAAAAGGAAAACCAUGAAAAUAUCUGUGACGAUUGAAUAAACUGAAGAAAACUUCGAAUCGGUUAGAUCAAUUAAAAAGAAUGUUGCAGAAACAUUCAAGGCGAUUAUAAAGAACAAAACGAAUGGUAAAAGAUGUUGGUUGAUAACUGUAUUAUUAGGAUGUUAAACGAUGAAUGGCGGGAAUAUAUUUUCCGUUGGGAAGAAUUAUGAAGAUAAACAAUAAAAUUUAUUAUUGAA